AUGUCAGUUGCCGCUUAUUUCUAUCAGAAUAAGCUAGACAGCAAGAUUGUGAAACAUCACUGGAAAAUGGAUAGCGUCGUUCUUCUCAUGGCCGUUCACGUGGUGAAACCAGUACACAAUGGACAACUGCUCCAUCACCGCAACGGCAUUUGGCUUCUUUUGAAGAGAGCAGUCCUUGCCUUACUAUCAGAGGCUGCUCUAAAAUUUCACAUUUUCCUCUAUUGGCUUAUUUGUUUGUUUUCCAUGAUGGAAGAACAUCAAGGAUUACAUACAUUAAGAGUAAUGCUUGUGGCCAUGUCAAUAGUAUUUGCUCUCCUCGCUAUGAUAACUGGGACUGCUUGCUUUUUUUAUCCAUUCCUUUUUGUCGUUAUAUUUGAAUUCGUGAAGUCACUUGCAGUCUUUAUUCUUCUUACCUUGAAAUUGGGUUGGCCCGAACGGUAUGCGACCUUAGUCAGCGAUAAAGGACUUGACAUGCUGCGAGAGUUCACAAAAAUAACGCUCGAAGAGGAUGAAAUGCUCUACUUGUGGAACGGUUUUUCAUGCUUCUACUUUGCCAUCCUUGCCAUUACUCUUAUAAGAAAUAUUGCGGAGUAUCAAGUUAAUGAGAAUCGUCGUCAGCAGAAUCCGUAUGCGUUCCCUGCUAUGGCUCAAUAUCCCCACGUUGUCAUCUUUCCAGCAGAGGCUGAACUUGGAAACACUAAUCCAGAUGAUCCGCCACCAUAUUCGGCAAUUGCUCGUAAUGGGGUUCACACAGAGGAAACUGCAAAAGAAGAAACGCAACCUCCGCGCUACUCCGAUAUAGAACUGAGCUCUACUAGCUCACAGCGUAUGGGUGGAGAAAACGACCAAGAAGUUCUCAAUAGAACAAUAGUAAUAGGAAGGAAAUGA